CCUCAAAUCUCCUCCUCGUUUUCUUUGUCUGGCCCGUUGCGCAUACGCCCCCAAACUCUCUAUACAAUGUCGAACCCCCGUGGAUCAACGGCGAUGGCCCCCCAACCCAUUCGCAAUGUCGUUUCCGCUUCCGCUCUGUAUCCUUUCAAGGGCAUCUAUUACUUCUGCGCCCACCGCGAAUUCUGGCCUCUCUUUGGACGGCGAAUUAUACCCCUCUUGGUGACUUCGAUUGUAGUCCUCGGUAUGCUAUUCACGUUCACGUACCUGCCGCAGGUUGCGUUCCUGGCUAUCUUCCAUGGGCCUAUUGCGUGGUUCAACGCGGUUUUCUUGGUGCUGGGAGAGGGGCAGGUGGUUAUUGCACUGCUGUUUGAAGCCCUGCUCGUGGACGAGACUCUGGUCAAUGUCUUUGAUGCAACCCUUAUCCGCGAAGGUCAAAUUGACCUCGUCUCCCCCUCCAGAAUCCUCUUCCACGACGCCCCCAACUCCGUGAAGAUGCUCGGCAAGCCCACCUCCUCUGCUGUCUACUCGCCCUUCUCCUUCCGCCAGAUCGCCGAGUUCAUACUCUUCCUCCCCCUCAACUUGAUCCCCAUAAUCGGCACGCCAUUCUUCCUAGUCCUGACAGGCGCCCGAGCGGGACCAUUCCACCACUACAGAUAUUUCAAGCUGCGGGGCGCGUCGAGGAAAGAGAAGAAGGACGAGAUUCGCAAGAGAAAGUGGAAGUAUACUUGGUUUGGAACUGUUGCGUUAGUCCUGCAACUUGUGCCGGUGUUGUCCAUGUUCUUUCUAUUGACUACAGCGGCUGGCUCAGCGCUCUGGGCAGUGAAGCUGGAGGAGCAAAAGAAGUUGGUGGCAGAGGCUCCAGUGCCUGUGCCGGGGACAACAGACGAGGAAGCGCCUCCUGCGUAUACUGAUGAUCCUAUUUAGACAUGGACACUUGUCGAUCGUAAUGCCAAUAACCAUUUGA